AUGUCGACCGCACAGCCCGUUCUCGUCCAGUCCGCAUCGUUGCACGGCAAGGUCGCCCUCGUGACCGGUGCCGGCCGCGGGAUCGGCAGAGGUUGCGCCAUCGAGCUCGGCAAGCGAGGCGCCAGCGUCGUCAUCAACUACCAGAGCAGCAAGGCGGCGGCUGACGAAGUGGUGGCCAUCAUCGAGGGCAACGGCACCGGCGCCCGCGCCAUCAGCAUCCAGGCCGACGUGAGCAAGAAGAGCGAGAUCGAGCGGCUGUUCUCCGAGACCAAGGCGCACUUCGGCAAGAUCGACAUCGUCAUGAGCAACAGCGGCACCGAGUCCUGGGACAAGACCGAGGAGAUCACCGAGGAGAAGUACGACCACGUCUUCAACCUCAACGCCCGUGCGCAGUUCUUCGUCGGCCAGGCGGCGUGGAAGUACCUCGAGGACAACGGGCGCCUGAUCCUCAUGAGCUCCAUCGCCGCCGGUCUCCUGGGCGUGCGCGACCACGUUCUCUACAACGCCUCCAAGAUGGCCGUCAUCGGCAUGAUCAAGGGGUUCGCGACCGAUUUCGGCGUCCGAGGGAUCACGGUGAACGGUGUCGCUCCCGGCGGAAUCAAGUCGGACAUGUUCACACAGAAUGCUUGGCACUACAUCCCCGGCGCGACUCCUGAUUGGGCCGCGGACAAGAUCGAGAACAUGAUGGCCGAGCACUGUCCUUUGAAGCGCUGUGCGACUCCUGACGAUGUCGCUCGCGUCGUGGCCUUCCUGGCCUCGGAAGAUGGCGGUUGGGUCAACGGUCAAGUCAUCACCAUCUCCGGAGGUUCUUCGCAGUGA